CCAUUUUCUUCUUUUCGGGUUUGUUGAUCAAGUUCAACAUCCUUUCUUUUAUAUGGAUUAAAAUCUGUAAUUCUUCCACUGUUUUUCAGUUUUCAAAAAAAAAAAGAUUUCACAUUUCUUUGUCAUUUAAAAAAAGAAAAAGUUUAUUUCCAAUAAUGAACCCUGGAAACAAUUUGGCAUUGGUCUCGGUGGAUGGCUCGUUGAAAAACAUCUAUGACUCGAGGAAACCACAUGAAAGGACGAGAAGCAAUUCAAGUCAAGCUUUCCCUAUUCAACACGAACCUUGAGGACAAGGUUCUUUCCGACAGGCCGGAGUAUUGAUGAGACUACGCUCAACCAUAGUUCAAUAUGACUUAGUCUUCAAGUUGUUUCCUAUGUUUAUGCAAAUAAAAAGAUCACGGCUCCACUUCCUGUUAUGUAGGAGAAGAGUGAUCCACUUUUCCUUUCAGUUAUUUGCUUUUUGUACUCUAUUUAAAUCAAUGAAAAACUUAAAAAGAGGUAGUCUAAACUACCCAAAGAAAAGUGUGUUCUUAGUUUGUCCUUUGGCAAAUUCUCUUUGAUUUGAAGAGGGACCUUAAUUGGUAUCAAAUCCAUGUUUCUAGAUCAACAAUAGAUAUCUCUUGGCAAGGGACCUAUCAAAUUACCACCUAGGUUUCUUGAACAUUGGGCGUAACCGAAGAGUUUGGUCGUAGAACUCUGCCGGUGAAGGAUGGAGACAGAGAGUUGACAGAAAGCUCAUGCAAGCCACUUCUGGAAGAGAGAGCAGGAUUCUUGUCCCUAAAGCUGAGGAUGUGGUCCUUUAGAUGCCUGUCCAGGAAUCUCAAGAUUACAUCUACAUAGCGGAAAGUGUUACGACUUACGAUGGAGGCGACCCUUUGGGACCCCUCGUGUGAUCCAGACAAUACUUUCCCAAGGUACCAAUACCACAACUCCUUGUCCAGUUAAAAUAGCAUAAUGUCCCGUUGACUACUUUGCAUAAGUCUUUCCAUCUAGUUCCCAUUCAUAAUAAUCAUCAAACUGUUGACAACUGGAUUGUAGUCAAGUACGCUUGAAGAUGCAAGUGUUUGUCAGAGCGAGCAUGAGAAAGAAUCCAAAUGGUUGUCUCUGAUGAGAGUUGAUAGUGUUGCAUCCUCUUGAAUCACACAAGAGAGAAGUUGGAGUCCAUAAAAACUGGUCGUUUACUUAGACUUUUCUGUGACCUAAAAAUUAGUAUUUAUUAAAUCACAGAAAAUCCAGAGAAUAUAUUUAGCAGCUCCAUCCACCGUAUCUCAUGAAAAAUCUGAAAAGUAUUUUAAGAACAUAAAACUGAAAAGUAAUAAAAGAAACUUUCUUUAACACUUUAGAACUUUUCAGCCACGUGGCCUUCUUUCAUUGGAUAGUUAUUUUAAAUAAAUAAAAUUAUUAACUUUUGAAUUUUUAAGAACUUUACAUGGGUUAUCUUGAAUAUUAACUUGAUUUUCCUAAUGUGAAUUUUAUGGUAAAAUAGCAAAAAGGGUGAUAAUCGAAGACUCGAGUCAAAUGUCUGGUCUAGUCAAAGACGAUGAUGUGGCUGAGUAUACUACUCCACAAACUACGUAAAAGAAGUAAAGAAACUGUUUGACCAACAAAAAAAAGAAACUAAAUGAUAAGUAAAUUAAAUAUGUUUUGCGAGUCCUUAUUCCUAAGAAUGGCAAUAACAUUACUCAGACAUUUAUUGUUCCUCUUUUGUUUAGGCAACACAGUAAACGAUGUUAUGAUAUGUUUUCAUAUUUAGCCAGAGACGUCAGGUUUCUUGAGUCUAAGGUCAUUUCUUUGCAUAAGAGGAAACUUUGUCACCUGAGUACAGAGCCGCCUACACUAGGAAAUUUGAAACAUUCCCUUCUGUUAAAAUUUUAUAGGGCAUAUUAUAUAGUUUGUCCGUAAACAAAACGUUAUUGAUUGAUUCAUAUUAAUUCUUUACUAUUAUAACUUAGAUGUUAAUAGGACAAGUUAAUUAUAUCCUAUUAUUUUACAGUUAUAUCCUAAUAUGUUCAUCUUUUUUUUCAUCUUCUUUUCUUCCAUCAUAAAACUGUUUUUCUUCAUCUUUUAAAUUUUUAUCUAAUAUUUUUUUUAUCAUAUUUGUUUAUUAAUCUAUUUUACAAUUUUGAAAUAAAAGUUCUGUAUAUAAGACUAAGUUUUAUAUUUAUCAGUUAAACAUGACAAUGAAAAAUCAUUCUACCCAAAUUUUAUUUCAAUUUUAAUUAAUUUUUAUAUAAGUUCAUCAUAAAACAAUUUGACUUAACAUAUAUUAUUUUUAUUCGGUUUAGGGCAUCAAAAAUUCUUCGCACAGCUCUGCCUGAGUAGUGUAAGUAAUGUGCACCAGCGGAACGAUGUUAAAGGGUUGUGAGGUUGAAGUGUGUUCUAAAAAGGAAGGGCUUGAAGUCGCUUGGUUCCGAGCUGUCUUAGAGGAGAACCCUACCAAAAAUCAACAGAACAAACUCCCUGUCCGCUACACGACUCGUCUAAACAACGACGGUUCCUCUCCCCUCACAGAAACUGUCGAGCAGAGAUCCAUCCGUUCGAUACCACCAAAGGAUCUUCAAAACAUCGUCGUUUUGGAGGAAGGUUCGGUGGUCGACGUGAAUCAUAAACAUGGGUGGUUGGUUGGUUUUAUCGUAAAGGAAAAAUCAGAGGGUGACAAGUUUUUGAUUUACUUGGAUUCACCACCGGACAUAUUCGAGUUUAAAAGAAACCAGUUGCGUGCUCAUCUUGACUGGACCGGUUCGAAAUGGAUCGUACCAGAAACCAAGGAACCGAAUAAGUCCAUGUUUCACCCCGGAGCAAUGGUGGAAGUCAGUUAUGUCGUCAGUGAUAAAAUGGAAUUUGCAUGGCUCCCAGCGUUGACGGUUUCAGUGGUUGAAGACGACGAUAAGAACAAAUUCCUUGUCAAGUACUUGAGUCAGAAGUUCAGCACCAGUGUUGAUGAGCCAAUACAAAUACCGGUUGUUGAUGCACACCGUGUUAGACCCGCACCACCGCCUGCUUCUUCAACCGAAGAAUAUACGUUAUCGGAAACGGUAGAGGUGUGGCAUCGUCUUGCAUGGCAUCGAGGGUCAGUGAUGGGGAUUCGCUCUGAGAAUAUUUACUUUGUUAGUAUAGAGUUUACAAAAGAGGAACGUGAGUUUAAGCACUCGGAACUUCGACCCUUGAUGGUGUGGGAACAUGGGGUUUGGCGUAAAGGACCAAAGCAAAUGGCCGUAAAGGUGAAUACAAUUGGCACUUGUUCUGGUGCUAAGCCACUCACUAAAGCUAAUAAUGUGGCUGCCACUGGAGAAUCGAGUAAGAAGAAGGCUCAUGCUGUUAUGAAUGAUAAAACUCCUCAGGGCACAACCCCACCAGUAACAUCAACUGGAGAGUCUGUUUCACUUGUAACCCCAUCCCCAAUCAUAACUAUAACAUCACUGAUACAAACUAGAACUGGAGGAAAAAAAUCCUCUGAAAAUCCUCUUAAUAAAACUAGGAUUCAGAUUGGCUUGACAAAUGAUCCCACUCGAAGGAAGAUGCCUAAGGAGAAGAAUAUCGAAGCUACUAGUAGCAAAAGGCAAAGAGAACAAGUAGUACAACACUCGCACCUGAAUAAAACUGAUGGUGAUGUUGAUGCUCAGCCUUUCUUUACUUGGAUAGGAAAUGUAUAUGCUACUUUGGAAGAUAGGAUUAGGCAAAGCCUACAAAAGGGAAAACUUGUAAAGGAAACUCCAAAGAAACCAAUAAGGCGCUCUUCUUUUGGUGAUAAGCCUAUGAAUCCACAUGACAAUGGCCAGAUACUCACUCGAGCUGCCAACGGAGGAUUGAAAAAUAAGAGGGCUAAUUCUAUGGUGAAUGAUAAAGCUCCUCGGGUCAUAACAUCAAUAGCUGGGACUAGCAAUGGUUCAAAUGUUGUACAGCCUCUCUCUGCUUGGAUAAUGGGUUUGCCUUUUGCAAAGACGUUACCAUUUUGGAAGACGUAUGAAUCAGCCGGUUUCGAAUGUUUUCCACAACGACCUCACUUCAUCCCAUUGCGUAAAGAUAAAGAGAAUCUCCGUGAGUUGUCGGCAGUUGGUAUGAUAGUCACCUUUUACGGGUUACUAGACGAAGUAAAAGCUCUGAAGCUGGAUGAUCCCAUGAGCAAGCUCAAGGAUCUCAGUGUGAAAUUUGCCACACUAGAAAAGCAUGGUUUCAACAUUAAAUCUCCUCAAGGUAUAAUAAACAAAUUGUUGUCUCUUAAAGAUGUGCGAGCUAAGAAAGUUGAGAAACAACAACGUUUUGAGAACAACAUUGAAAAAGAAGAAAUAGAAAGUCGCAAGUUACAAUAUAAGAGGGCUGGGCUGAAGCGCAAGAUAUGUGAGCUGCAGACACAAUCUGAAGUUGCGAAAGUGAAGAUGGAAGCCGCUGAGGAAAAUAUAGCAGCUAUGAAGUCACAUACGAAAAAGAUUGGUCGAGAAAUUGAAAAUGUGGCGCUUGAGUUUCAAAAAGUUGUAUCCGCUUCAUGGUAAUUAGUUAAUACUAACAUCUCCUUCCUUUGGUAAAUGAAACUAAAAGAGUUGUGUGUGAUUGUUGGAUAUUAUGUUUGGGUGUUUAAGGUUAACUACCCUUUGUCGAUGAUGCUGUUUUGUUUAAUUUUAUAAGUCAUUUCACUACAAGAAAACAUAGUCAUUUCUGACGGAAUAAAUAUUCGUCGGACAUUUCUGACAAAAUUCUGACGGAUUUACGAGAAAUAUGAAAAUUUACCAUUCGUCGGUAUUUCGUCGGAAAUAUCCUAGGAAUUUCCGAUGAAAUAUCAUUCGUCAUAAAUAAUCGAUAAAAUACCGACGAGCCCCAAGGAAAAUUAAACUAUUUAGGGUAUAGAUUUGGGAUUUAUGCUUUCGUCGGAAUUUCGUCAGAAAAUUUGGGAUUUAUGCUUUCAUCGGAAAUUCAUCAGAAAUUUCUGACGAAAUUCCGACGAAAUGAAAAAAUUCCGUAGGAAAUUCGUCAAAAUGUUCCGACAAAUUUUUGACGAAACUAUUCCUAGGAAAUUCCCAACGAACUUCCAACGGAUUGCAUAACAUUCGUAGGAUAUUCAUCAUAGCUUUCCGACGAAUUUUCGACGGAUUGCACAACAUUCGUAGGAUAUUCGUCACAAAUUUUCGACGACUUUCCGACGAACUUGAGUUUUAGAUAUGAAAUAUUCAAAAUAAAUGUUAAGCCGGAUAUAUUAAGUGAUAAAUAUGAUGUGGGUUAAUAAUACUUCAAUUAUUUAAGCUAUAUAUAUAUAUAUAUAUACUUGCGAAUGAUGCAUCGACAUAUACAUAAUAUUUCUCGUUAACACUUAUACACUUAAGCACAUACUUUCCGGUGAUCCAUCUUAUAAUCUUUAAUUUGUGUUUUUUCAAGUGUUUUUAAACAUUAUGAAGAUUUUAAACCCCUAAAGGUCAUCAAUUUAUUAUCAUUGGCUAUUAUCGUUCUAUUUUUUAUAUGUUUCGAACCCCUAAUACGUAAUUCAUCGGAAAUUCGUAGGAACUUUCUGACGAAUUUAUGACAAAUUUCCGACGAAUGUGUUUCUGAUGAAUUGCUGACGAAAAAGAUAUAUUCCGAUGAUUUUCCGACGAACAUGGUAUAUUUAUCGGAAAAUAAAAUUUGCCCGGGAAAAAGCCCGCCUAUUUUUUUUGCGAAGAACCAAAAUAAAAAAUUCCGACGAACACUUUCCGUCAGAAGUUUUUAAUAUAAAAGCGUAAA